GUCUGUCUGUCUCUCUGUCUAUCUCUCUCCCUCCCCCUCCCCCGACAGCAAUGCUACUAUCUGUGCCCCUGAGCCACUCGCUUUCUCUCUCUCUCUCUGUGUUAUCUGUACUUGUUUAAUAGCUGUCAACUCCGCCGGCGUCUGACUGCCAAACUAAACGCGGACAACGUGUAUGCUGGAUGCCGGCCAUUGAGAGUGGACUGUGACCAUCUCCGAGUGCCAUGGUCUGUGGCGUUGGCAACGAAUGAAGAAAUCUGGCAUGGCUUCCUUUAAGCAGGAGAAGGUGGAGGAGUUUUAUGAAAUAGGAGAAGAAUUGGGAAGCGGGCAGUUUGCCAUCGUGAGGAAGUGCUAUGAGAAACGAGCCAGGGUGGAAUUUGCAGCCAAGUUCAUCAAGAAGCGGCAGGUGCGGGCCAGCCGCAGAGGGGUGAGACGCGAGGAGAUCGAACGCGAGGUUCACAUCCUUCAACAGAUCCAGCACCCCAACGUCAUCACCCUGCACGACGUCUACGAGAACAAAACCGAUGUCGUCCUCAUUCUCGAACUGGUCUCUGGAGGGGAACUCUUUGACUUCCUGGCGCAGAAAGAGUCUUUGAGUGAAGAGGAAGCAACAGCUUUUAUUAAACAAAUCCUGGAUGGUGUGAACUAUCUCCAUUCCAAGAACAUUGCACACUUCGACCUCAAGCCUGAAAAUAUAAUGCUCCUUGACAAGAUACCUGUGCCACACAUCAAACUGAUAGACUUUGGCCUUGCUCACAAAAUUGAAGACGGAGUUGAAUUUAAAAACAUAUUUGGGACGCCUGAGUUUGUUGCUCCAGAAAUAGUGAAUUAUGAACCUCUCGGGCUGCCAGCAGAUAUGUGGAGCAUAGGUGUGAUCACCUACAUUCUGUUGAGCGGAGCUUCCCCCUUCCUUGGAGAAACCAAGCAGGAAACCCUCGCCAACAUCUCCGCAAUGAACUACGAAUUUGAUGAAGAAUUCUUCAGUCACACGAGUGAACUGGCGAUGGAUUUCAUCAAAAACCUUCUGGUGAAAGACACGAGGAAAAGGCUCAACAUAAAAGCUGCUCUUUCACACCCGUGGAUAAUGCCAAUGAACAAAUGUCAAGCUCUGGUCCGAAGGGAAUCUGUUGUUAAUCUGGAGAACCUGAAGAAGUUGUACAUCAGAAGGAGGUGGAAGCUUACGUUUAGGAUUGUAUCAUUUUGCAAUCAUUUGACUCGUUCAUUCCUUAAGAAUUCCUUAAGAAAGAAAGAAGAAACUCUGAGAGCAUAUGAAAGUGACAAUGAAGACAAUGGCAUCAAAAGAAGAGUAAGCAGGCCGAGGAGACGCAGCAGCACGUCAUAAAGCGAUCGGUGGAGGUGUUGCCUUGAGGAGAGCAAGCCUGAAGGUUAUCCCUGUACUGUGCCAGUAUCAACAGGCCUGGACCCGCACCAAAGCUACUUCUGCCUGGUGGUGGGUUGGGCUCAGUGAAUGGACAAAGCCACUUUUAAGUGCAUAGAUCGGUUUAGUGAUGAGAGGCCGUGUUACAAAGGAUCAUGCUUUCUUGAAUAAGGCACUUGGAAAAGAAAAGUGUGCAAUACAUGUUUAGUAUAAUUCAUCGUGAAAAUAUUUGUUUCUGUUUCGGCAAACCUUGUAAAGUCUGGACUUGUUGAAAUACCGUUCUUGCGAUUGCUCCAACACUCGCGCCACUGAGCAGUGAGAGGCGGCUCAGUGCCAGGGUGAACGCUCCUCAUAUCAACAAUGUCACCGUGGAUGGUCUGUGUGGCAUCGGACACACGGCCAUGAGCAAACAGAGCUGGGGUAGAGGGAGGGGAAUGGAUAGAGGAAUGGGAGACACUGGAGAUUUAGUAAGGCUCUGUGAAAUGUGUAGGCCCUACUGUAACAGCAGUGGUAUUUGAAUGUGGACUAAUCCUGCUGUCGGAUAGUUACGUGCAAACUUCGCUUGCAUGCUGAGGCAGAAUAAACCACAGCCCACGGCUAUAAGUGUAGAUCACAACAUGGAUAGGACAUUAGUGAGAGGCAGGCAACAAAAUGCUGGGGCAACAAUGCCUGGUUUCAACUAACGUUUAUUUUUGUAUAAACGUAGCUUUAGAUUUUAAAAAUAAAAACAAUAUCGGUGAAACGAACAGUUUUAUUUGCCACAACAUCAUAAGGUGUAAGAUAAGGCUGAUGAAUGUCAGAUGGACUAAUACUGGUGCAGACUGGCCCAUUCACAAUGUUUGACAGCAUGUUUUACACUCUCGCAUGUUUGGACACUGUUCCAGACUAAUGGCUUAAAGUCUGCAUAGAACUUUGAGUCAUCCUUAUUGGUAAUGUGUACGGGUCCACCACCAAUUCUCUGCACCAUUGGUUCCAGGGCCUUUCUGGAUGAUCCAUGUUGCUGGGCCAACAGAGGUCACGGCCUCUGAGAGGAAUCCAACGGUACUGGAACGUCGCGAGGGGCCGAGAUACCGGCCCGCAAAGUGGGUCUCAAAAGUCGGCUAUGGGAAUGGAUGUACCGGCUCUGUCUGGGCCGAUGUUCCAGACCCCGGCCACAGGGGGCAAAUUCAACCCGCCGAUCGGCUGCGGAAGUCCCGAUGAGGUCGAGAUUGGCCGCCUCACCCAGCCAAGGUGCCACGUUUGUGGGGGGACUUCCAGGGUGGAUUUGAAGUGCGCUCUCGUCAUUUUGUCUGGAUCAAAUGAGUUGUAAUGUUGUCAAGUUGCACAUGCAGCAGCAGUAAGAUGCGUUGGGUGUUCAGCUCAGUAUAAGUGUUGAGGUUGUGUGUUGGGAGAUCUAAAUAGACUAGUUGCCACAGUACACACACACACUGAGCUUCUCAUAUGUUUCUGAAUCAUUGAUGUGUGAGGGUUUGGAGACAUGGAGGAGCAUUAACUGUAACUUCCUCCAGUGAUUAUAUCCGGUGUCAAUGAGCCAAAAGAAGUCACUUUUGUCUGAUCUUUCAGUUUUAAUGACACUCGGUGUGAUGCGUUGGGUUCUCCACUGUGAAACAGACAACUGGUGAUCUAUCCUGUGGAUUGUUAACGCCUCUCCAUGCAGUUUGUGUAUCGUUGGCUGUUUUAACGUGGCAAUGGAGGAUCUCACUGCAGUCACAUUCACUGAACAUGUACCCAAACUGAAAACAACCCCCUCAUUCUCAAACACACGCAACACAACAGAAAUGUGCAAUCUAAACCCCUUACCUCUCCAACACACAACUUCAACCCAUAGUAUUGAGUUACCAGUUCACAAGUUAUAGGAGUAGCAUUGGGCCAUUCAGCCCAUCGAGUCCACUCCGCCAUUCAAUCGUGGCUGAUCUCUGCCUCCUAAUCCCAUUUGCCUGCCGUCUUCCCAUAACCCUAGAUAAGAAUUUGUAGGCCUUAAAAAUAUCCACUGACUUGGCCUCCACAUCCCUCUGUGGCAAUGAGUUCCACAGAUUAACUACCCUCUGACUAAGGAAGUUCCCCCUCACCUCCUUUCUAAAAGAGCGCCAUUUAAUUCUGAGCCUGUGACCUCUGAUCCUAGACUCUCACACCAGUGGAGGCAGGAAUUUGUAGAAAAUUACAAUGAAUAUAUUUGCAAUAAACUAAGAGCCAGAAUGGGUCUUAAAGAAAUAUAUUAAUUACAUUGUGUACCGGUCCUACUUGCUCCAGAAAGUUUUGUCCCACAAAAUCAAUUACUAGUCAAAGCUGUGUUUUAGCAAUUCAUGAAUUUUCCAGAGACACGUACUAAGUAAAGACAGCUGUGACUGACCUUUCUCAAAACAGAGGACAUUUUAAGUGUUCAGCUUCAAGUUCCUGUGCACCUGAUGCUCUGUGAAAUUGUCCGUGAAUGACUUUCACAUUCCCGAACCUUCAUUCGAUCCGAUUUAUUAAUGGUAUCUUGGAGAGAUACUGGAGUUUUUUUUGCAGAAAACAAUAUUUAACUUGGAGAGGAUGGGGGAAUACUGUUGUCAAAUUAAAAUGCUGGGUAAAGGACAAAAUAGAUUUGACUAUUCUUGAUUUCACUGGGAUGGAACUUGAAUAGCUGGUUUAACAUUUAGGAUUAUCAGGAAGUCAAUGGGGCAAUUCCUUUAGCAUUCCCAAAACCACAUUUAGCCCUGGAUUCCAAGUGGAAAUAAAGUGAAGGUGUCCAUCAAACUAGGACAUGUGUUACAUGAGCUCAGUAUUGACAAUAACAUUGGCCACUACUGGCUUCGUAGAGUGAUCAACCUGAUCUUAGAGUUUGGGUAGAAUGGCGUUGUAUAGCACAGAAUCCUUUGGCCCAUUCCGUCCAUGCCAACUUUAUUGCCUAUCCACAGCGAUCCCAACUGUGCCUUCCAUAUACAAGUGCCUAUCUAAAUGUUGCUGAGACAUAGUAACUGUAUUUCAUCCCACCACCUCCUCUGGCUGUGUGUUCUAGAUAUCAAGCAGUCUCUGAGCAGAGAGGUUUAGCCUUAAAAUCCCUAUUAAAUCAUCUACCUCCCACCUCUAAAACUGUGCCUUCUUGUGUUUGACAACCCUACCAUGGGAAAAAGAUUCUGGUUAUCCACCAAGUCAAUGUCUCUGAGAAUCUUUCAUCAGGUCACCCCUCAGCCUCCUUUACUCCAGGGAAAACAAGCCCAACCUAUCCAAACUCUUCCCAUGACUAAACUCCUCCAAUGAAGGCAACAACCUGGUAAAUAUUAUCUGCACCCUCUCUAUUGCAAAGUCCUUAGCUUGCACCAUCCCAUGGAAGUGAUAUCAUCUAUUCCAUCUGCUUACUCAUAGUCCUGUUUCUUUGCUGAGGGAAGAAUGGAUCUUAAUUUUUGAACGGCGCAUCAUUUUUAAGUGUUAAUUAGACAUAAAAGCUUGUUCAAUCUUACCUGAAAAUUAUUCUUUAUAAAUGUUGACAACUAAGUAUUUCAAAGUGGAAUUACUCCUAAUAAUGUGCAUUUGGUUUUGUUUUGGUGAACAAGUGUUACAUUAUUGUGGACUGCUGAAAGGUUGAAUAGCUUAGUUCACGUUUAUCACAGAGACUGUGACUGAGGGCUCUGUGGAACUGGUUUCAAAUCCCAUAUUCCCAGUCAGAAACAGUGUUCCUCGGAAACAAAACUCAGGAAAUGGCAGGUUCUGCACAGUUGGAAGUGUUGGAUUUAAGAACAAAAAACUCUCUUCAUAUCUUCGAAGUUUCUACCCACAGAACAUAUGUCCUUGCUUCAUGCUGUAUCGUUCCACUUAAAGCAGCACACUGCACUCUCCCAGUGAGUUACUGUUUUAAGGAUAGCAUUUUUUCAUAACCCUAACUUCAGUCUGCUUGGCCAGGAUUGUGACUAGCACACAAGAGUCAGGCGGUGAGCUCAACCUGUCCACCGUGCCAGCUUUGUUUGCCGCCACUUGGGAUUUUUUUUCCAUUGGAAAUAAUCUCCUUGGCCAGGUGUUCACCUCAGCCUGUCUAAACUAUUUGCACAAAAUAUUCUUCUGCCAGGUUUCAUCAACAGAAACAUUUGCGAUGACAGCCAGCAAUAGCAGAAUAUGGAAGAAUCAUCACAGCUUUAACCUUUACUUCAAUCGUUACAAUAUUAUAAUCGUUACACCAAGUGUCUGUCCCCAGGAUCACACUGCACUUGCUGCUGCCUUUCAUUUAAUAUUAACCUACACACAUAUUUUUUUUAAUUAGCAUUUUAGAGUUCUAAAUUAACCUGAAAUUUGGAAUACAUUUCAAUAUUUGUUAACUCUAUGUGUGUUUAACUUUGAUAAACUAUAUAACGUGACAAUUGUAGAACUGAUGUGUACAAUAUUUUUAAUCCUGUGAAAAUAUUAAAGGUUGACAAAGGUUAGAAUAGAUAGAUCGAAACUCAUGACACGGAGCUGGGAGUUGUUUUUCUUUGUGAUAUUAAUUAAAGCUGUCUCCAUCCGGGUAUUGAACUGUGUAUAUAUUAAGAAUUUGAUUGAAAUUUUGUACAGUAUUUUUCUAUAAAUAAAGUUCUGAAUACAGCUA